GAGGGUGCUGCCGCCGGCGGAGACAUGGUGCUCACGCUCGGGGAGAGCUGGCCGGUGCUGGUGGGGAAGCGGUUCCUCAGCCUGUGCGCGGCCGACGGCGUCGACGACGACUGGGACGUGCAGCGCGUGGCCGAGUGGCCCUGGCUGGCGGGCACGGUCCGCGCAGUGUCCCACCCCGACGUUUCCAGGAAGGACCUGAAGGUAUGUGUCGAGUUUGAUGGGGAAUCUUGGAGGAAGAGAAGAUGGAUAGAAGUCUACAGCCUUCAGAGGAAAGCAUUUUUGGUAGAACAUAAUUUGGUUUUGGCUGAACGAAAGUCACCUGAAAUUUCUGAACGAACUAUUCAGUGGCCUGCAAUAGUGUACAAACCUUUGUUGGACAAAGUUGGUUUGGGAUCCAUAACUUCUGUUCGCUUCCUAGGAGAUCAGCAAAGCAUAUUUCUUUCCAAAGAUCUUUUAAAGCCUAUACAGGAUGUAAACAAUCUUCGGCUUUCCCUUACUGAUAAUCAGAGCAUCAGUAAAGAAUUUCAGGCUUUGAUUGUGAAACAUUUAGAUGAAAGCCAUCUUUUAAAAGGUGACAAAAACUUAGUUGGUUCAGAAGUAAAAAUUUAUAGUUUGGACCCAUCUACUCAGUGGUUUUCAGCAACUGUUGUGAAUGGAAACCCAGCAUCUAAAACUCUUCAAGUCAACUGUGAGGAGAUUCCAGCAUUGAAAAUUGUCGAUCCCUCACUGAUUCAUGUUGAAGUUGUACAUGAUAACUUCGUGACAUAUGAUAAUUCUGCAAGAAUUGGAGGUGUAAAACGGAAGUCUUCUGAGAAUAAUGGAAGCUUGGUUUCCAAACAAGCAAAAUCUUGCUCUGAGGCUUCUCCCAGUAUGUGUCCUGUACAGUCUGUUCCCACAACAGCUUUUAAGGAGAUCCUGCUUGGCUGUACCGCAGCAACCCCUCCUAGUAAAGACCCAAGACAGCAAAGUACUCCUCAGACUGCCAACUCUCCACCCAACCUUGGAGCAAAGAUUCCUCAAGGGUGUCCUAAGCAGAGUUUACCAGAAGAGCUUUCUUCCUGUCUAAACACAAAGCCUGAAGGACUGAGAACAAAACCAGAUGUCUGCAGAGCAGGGCUUCCCUCUUCACAGCCUGCUCAGGUUGGGCCUGGAGACCUGAAGAUUCUAAGUGAGCGCAGAGUUGGCUGUGACCAACCCAAGAUGGACACUGAGCAGGAAGGCCGACUGCAGCCUGCUCCACAGCCACCCCUUGGCCUUCUUAAGGAGGGCUCACCUACAGAAGCUUCUCCCAGGGCAGAAGCGGAAACUGUCAGUACCCCCGAGCUGCAGAAGCACCCAGAACAUGCACCUUCCACCUCUGAUAUCUUUUCAGAGAAGCCAGACGUGAAAGCAGGUGUUAAUUGUGAUAGCUCUCAUAGUUGUUCAGGAAAAAUGGUCGAACCUUCAGCUUUAGGUUGCCAGUCUCAGAGUGUAAAGGAGACUUCUGGAAAAGUAGACAACGAAAGCUGUUGUACAAGAAGCAACAAUAAAAUCCAGAACGUACCAGCCCGGAAGUCAGUUUUGACAGACCCUGCUAAACUCAAGAAGUUGCAGCAGAGCGGUGAGGCCUUUGUGCAGGACGACUCCUGUGUGAACAUAGUGGCUCAGCUGCCCAAGUGCCGGGAGUGUCGUCUGGACAGCCUGCGUAAGGACAAAGAGCAGCAGAAGGACUCACCUGUGUUCUGCCGCUUCUUCCACUUCAGGAGGUUGCAAUUCAACAAACAUGGUGUGUUGCGGGUAGAAGGCUUCUUAACACCAAACAAAUAUGACAGUGAAGCAAUUGGCUUGUGGCUACCUCUGACCAGAAAUGUCGUUGGGACGGAUUUGGACACAGCCAAGUACAUCCUGGCCAACAUUGGAGACCACUUCUGUCAAAUGGUGAUUUCUGAAAAGGAAGCUAUGUCAACUAUUGAGCCACACAGGCAGGUUGCCUGGAAGCGAGCGGUCAAAGGAGUCCGGGAAAUGUGUGACGUGUGUGACACCACCAUCUUCAACUUGCACUGGGUGUGCCCUCGCUGUGGGUUCGGGGUGUGUGUGGACUGCUACCGCAUGAAGAGGAAGAACUGCCAGCAGGGUGCUGCCUACAAGACGUUUUCUUGGCUAAGAUGUGUGAAGAGUCAGAUACAUGAGCCUGAGAACCUGAUGCCCACGCAGAUCAUUCCUGGAAAAGCACUCUACGAUGUUGGUGACAUUGUGCAUUCUGUAAGAGCCAAAUGGGGGAUAAAGGCAAACUGCCCCUGUUCAAACAGGCAGUUCAAACUCUUCUCAAAGCCAGCCUCAAAGGAAGACCUAAAACAGACUUCCUUAGUUGGCGAAAAACUGACUCUGGGUGCUAUGCUCCCGCAGAGCCCCUCAGUGUUGGAGCCGGUGGCCACAAGUGGAGAAGCAGCUUCCAGGCCAGCCUGCAGCGUGAGGCCUGCCUGUCCAGCCAGCACGGCUCCACUCAACUGGCUGGCAGACCUGACCAGCGGGAAUGUUAACAAGGAGAACAAGGAAAAACAACCUACAAUGCCAAUUUUAAAGAAUGAAAUCAAAUGCCUUCCACCCCUCCCACCUCUGAGCAAAUCCAGCACAGUCCUUCACACCUUUAACAGCACCAUCUUGACACCUGUAAGCAACAACAAUUCUGGUUUCCUCCGAAAUCUCCUGAAUUCCUCCUCAGGAAAGACAGAAAAUGGACUCAAGAAUACACCAAAAAUCCUUGAUGACAUCUUUGCCUCUUUGGUGCAAAACAAGACUUCCUCUGACUUAUCUAAGAGGCCUCAAGGACUGACGAUCAAGCCCAGCAUUCUGGGCUUUGACACUCCCCACUAUUGGCUCUGCGACAACCGCUUGCUGUGCCUGCAAGACCCCAACAACAAGAGCAACUGGAACGUGUUCAGGGAAUGCUGGAAACAAGGGCAGCCGGUGAUGGUCUCGGGAGUGCACCACAGACUGAAUGCUGAACUCUGGAAACCCGAGUCCUUCAGGAAAGAGUUUGGGGAGCAGGAAGUGGAUCUCGUGAACUGCAGGACCAACGAAAUCAUCACGGGAGCCACAGUAGGAGACUUCUGGGACGGCUUUGAGGACGUCCCAAAUCGUUUGAAAAACGAAAAAGAACCGAUGGUUUUGAAGCUUAAGGACUGGCCACCAGGAGAAGAUUUCAGGGACAUGAUGCCGUCCAGGUUCGAUGACCUGAUGGCCAACAUUCCGCUGCCCGAGUACACCAGGCGAGACGGCAAAUUGAACUUGGCCUCCAGAUUGCCAAACUACUUUGUUCGGCCUGAUCUGGGUCCCAAGAUGUAUAAUGCUUAUGGAUUAAUCACUCCAGAAGAUCGGAAAUACGGAACAACAAACCUGCACCUGGACGUUUCUGACGCUGCUAACGUCAUGGUCUAUGUGGGCAUCCCCAAAGGGCAGUGCGAGCAGGAAGAAGAAGUCCUCAGGACCAUCCAAGAUGGAGACUCCGAUGAACUCACUAUAAAGCGGUUUAUUGAAGGAAAAGAGAAGCCAGGAGCCCUCUGGCACAUCUAUGCUGCAAAGGACACAGAGAAAAUAAGAGAAUUCCUUAAAAAGGUAUCAGAAGAGCAAGGUCAAGAGAACCCAGCAGACCAUGAUCCUAUUCAUGACCAGAGCUGGUAUCUGGACCGAUCGUUAAGAAAGCGCCUGCAUCAGGAGUAUGGGGUGCAGGGCUGGGCUAUCGUCCAGUUCCUCGGGGACGUGGUGUUCAUCCCAGCAGGAGCUCCGCACCAGGUUCACAACUUGUACAGCUGCAUCAAAGUGGCCGAGGACUUUGUGUCUCCAGAGCACGUGAAGCACUGCUUCUGGCUCACUCAGGAAUUCCGUUAUUUGUCGCAGACUCAUACUAACCACGAAGACAAAUUACAGGUGAAGAAUGUCAUCUACCAUGCGGUGAAAGAUGCGGUGGCUAUGCUGAAGGCCAGCGAGUCGAGCUUCAGCAGACCUUAGUCCCUGCACGUUGGCAAUGAACUACUGGCAGCUGUUCAAACUCUUCAGGCAGGACUCCUGUGGACUUUGAGAUUUCAUGUUACCUCAUCUUCUUUUUUAAACUAUACCCGACUUGUGAGGGUACUCUGUCUAAUGUAUAUUUCUAGUGUUUACAGACACUAAGUGUGUAUAUGUAGUACUAUUUACAGACGUGCAUCCUGAUACUGUGACUCCUCUCCUAGUGCAGGACUCUCACCAAGCUGUACAAACAGCCUCCUGUCAACUCUGCAACAGUCAUUUCCAGCUGGGUCUGGAGGGUGCAGACAGGUCCAUGAGCUUAGGAUUGCUAUGGGCUUACUGGUCAGCUUUGUCUCAUGUCUGUCUGGCCACCCUCCCACCUGGUCAGGGUCCAGGAUGCAGGAGGAAGCCACAGCUAAAGGAGCAGUCCUCUGUGUGGCAUAGGACUGGCGUUAUAGAGCAGAAGCCAACUACUGUACGACUCUGGGCUAACCAUCUGUAGUUACAUGGAAUUUUAAUUUAAAUGAAGCUUUGCUAAUUUUAAGUGUUAAGCAUUUUGCAUUAAAAUAUUCAUAUAAUA